GGCUGCAGAAGCGGGCGGCUGCAGGGGCGGGCGGGCGGGUUGGCGUCCUCUUUCCCGCUGUUCCCCAUGGAGGCACUGGGGAAGCUGAAGCAGUUCGAUGCCUACCCCAAGACUCUGGAGGACUUCCGGGUCAAGACCUGCGGGGGCGCCACGGUGACCAUUGUCAGUGGCCUUCUCAUGCUGCUACUGUUCCUGUCCGAGCUGCAGUAUUACCUCACCACUGAGGUGCAUCCUGAACUCUACGUGGACAAGUCACGGGGAGAUAAACUGAAGAUCAACAUCAAUGUGCUUUUUCCACACAUGCCGUGUGCCUAUCUGAGCAUUGAUGCCAUGGAUGUGGCUGGGGAGCAGCAGCUGGAUGUGGAACACAACCUGUUCAAAAAACGGCUAGAUAAGGAUGGCUUUCCCGUGAGCUCAGAGGCGGAACGUCAUGAGCUCGGGAAAGUUGAGAUGAAGGUGUUUGACCCUGAUUCCCUGGACCCUAAUCGCUGUGAGAGCUGCUAUGGUGCCGAGACGGAAGACAUCAAGUGCUGUAACUCCUGUGAGGAUGUGCGGGAGGCAUAUCGCCGUCGAGGCUGGGCCUUCAAGAACCCAGACACUAUUGAGCAGUGCCGGCGAGAGGGCUUCAGCCAGAAGAUGCAGGAGCAGAAGAAUGAAGGCUGCCAGGUGUACGGCUUCUUGGAAGUCAACAAGGUGGCGGGAAACUUCCACUUUGCCCCCGGGAAGAGCUUCCAGCAGUCCCACGUGCACGUCCAUGACCUGCAGAGCUUUGGCCUCGACAAUAUCAACAUGACCCACUACAUCCAGCACCUGUCAUUCGGGGAGGACUACCCGGGCAUUGUGAACCCCCUGGACCACACCAACGUCACUGCACCCCAAGCCUCCAUGAUGUUCCAGUACUUUGUGAAGGUGGUGCCCACGGUGUACAUGAAGGUAGAUGGGGAGGUGCUGAGGACAAAUCAGUUCUCUGUGACCAGACAUGAGAAGGUCGCCAAUGGGCUGAUGGGCGAUCAGGGGCUUCCUGGAGUCUUCGUGCUGUAUGAGCUCUCGCCCAUGAUGGUGAAGCUGACGGAGAAGCACAGGUCCUUCACACACUUCCUGACAGGCGUGUGCGCUAUCAUCGGGGGCAUGUUCACAGUGGCCGGACUCAUCGACUCUCUCAUCUACCACUCAGCUCGAGCCAUCCAGAAGAAAAUUGAUCUAGGGAAGACAACAUAGUUGUCCGUCCCUUCCCCCGCAACAAGUCCCUGUUUUCCUUUGGCCUUGUGGUCAUUUUCCCAGCCUCUUACCCCACCCACCCCGCACAUCCCCUCUGCAGAGUCAGUCGCAGCCCCAGGUUGGUAAAUCUAUCGAUUGUGAUAGUA